GAGGUGACGACCUUCCACUUUCGCGUAUGCAUAAUAGAUGACACUGGUUAUGGUGGCCCGCGGCGCAAUGUGACUGUAAAUUACUUGGUCAUCGGAGAUCUUCAUCCUUGCAUAGAUAUAGAGUGCGAGAAAUUUGCUCAUUGUGUGGCAAUAUCUCCGCACGAAUACACUUGCCAAUGUAACACAAGCUGCCCUUCUUACGAAGAACAGGUCUGUGCUUCUAAUGGCAGAACAUUCUCCAACUUGUGCCUUCUAAAUAAAGAAAUAUGUGAUACAGAUGCAAACUUUACCAUCUAUCAUCCAGGAAGCUGCACAGGUUUUCCGUUUCAGACAGGGAGACACAAAUUCCAGAACAUUCCAAUUUGGGCAGAGGAUCAGUGCGAGACUUUUAACUUUCAACGGUUCGUGUUCUACCCACACAGUAAAAUACACGUGCAACUCACAGUUAACCAUGUCAAUUAUUCGGAUGCUUCUUUUGUUCACGAAGCUGUUACAGCUUGGGUUGAAAGCGUUAACACCACUCAGUUUACAGCCUGUGUCACUCGAGCAGGAAGAAAUGACUACCCUGCAGACAGUUUUGCUUCGGUUGAUUGGAUUGCAUAUCAAGGUGCUCCCACAGGAGGAAUUUCUGGUGAAGAAUUAUUUCCCACUUGGUGGACUGGGACUAUUUGUCAAACAGUUACUAUUCCCAGCGGAACAUAUUCCAAUCCACCAACGGUAUUUGUGACAGCUAAACACCACAGGAAGGGUCUGAAGCAUGAUGCUGCGAGUGUUUGGCUCGAAGACGUAUCAGCAGCCUCCUUCAAAAUCUGCUUGAGGGAGCUUCAAAACUUCGCUGGUGUUCAUGAAGAAAUAUCAGUUGACUGGUUAACAUUUGAUCGCCCUCCGGAACCUCUGAUUACAGAGCAUAAUGAUGAAUAUUUCCCAAAUAACGGCCCACCUCCAAGGAGUCAUAACUUUGCCUUCUGUCAGGACAUGAAAUUUACUCAGAACUACACCAAACCGCCGAUAGUUCUGCUUACUGCAAAACAUUCUACCAGUGGACAAGACUCUGCCGCUGCAGAAUGCAAUGGAAUCGAAAGUUGGGUAGAGUUUAUUACCAACACAAGUUUUAGAAUGUGUGUCAAAGAACUUUUCAUUCAACGCUUUGAUCCUCUUACCUUAUCGUACGCAGUGUUGCCAGAAGACAUAUGUCAGGACGAUUGGACGUAUUACAAUGGGUAUUGCUAUAGAGAAGUCUUGUCAUGUGACUCGUGGGAAAAUAGUCAGGAGACAUGUGCUUCCCUGGACGCAAAUCUUCCCAGCAUACACAGCAAAGAAGAAAACGUAUUUGUUCAAAGUCUACACGGCAGUACACAAUCGUGGCUGGGUCUGUCGGAUAAUUUCACCGAAGGUUCGUUCGUCUGGAGCGAUGAGACCCCUUUAGACUUCCAUUACUGGGCAGAAGGACAACCAAACAAUUUGCACAACCAAGACUGUGUUCACACUCUUGGUUUCUUUAAUGAGUUUACUUGGAAUGACGUAAAUUGUACAGACUGCCACGGAUUCACUUGUAAGAGAGAUUACAAUGAGUGCCAAUAUUUCGCUGACUCCUGUCCAGCAGGUGCGACUUGCGUGAACAGCUAUGGUUCCUUCACUUGUGUAUGCCCCACUGGAUAUACCUACGAAGAGGGAGACUGUCUAGAUGUAGACGAGUGUCAGUCAGGUUUGUUUUCCUGCCAUGCGCAAGCCCAGUGUGUGAAUACUCAAGGAUCUUACGAAUGUAGAUGCUUACCUGGUUAUGCAGGGGAUGGUACUUUUGCAUGUGCAGACGUGGACGAGUGUCAAUCAGGAUCUCAUUCCUGUCAUGCACAAGCUAAGUGCUUGAACAUACAAGGCUCCUACGAAUGUAGAUGUUUGUCCGGAUAUUUGGGGGAUGGUCGUGCCACAUGUGCAGACAUAAACGAGUGUCAACUUGGAUCAUAUUCCUGUCAUUCAAAUGCCAGGUGCAUCAAUACACAAGGCUCUUACGAUUGCGAAUGUGUGCGUGGAUAUUCAGGAGAUGGUCUAUACACAUGCUCAGGCUGGGCACUGAGGGCGUCUAAGAAAUCAACGCAUUUCAACGAAAACCAAAAGAAUUAUUUCGAUGAAAAGUUCAAACUUGGCCAGGAGACUGGUUACAAAGAAGAUCCAUCCCAAGUUGCCAGUGAUAUGUGUCGUGCUACAAAUGAAAACGGAGAGCGUCGAUUUGCUGUUGACGAGUUUUUAUCACCACAGCAGAUAAAGUCGUAUUUCUCAAGGUCAGUAGCAAAGAUCAAUCAGGCAAGAUCGGUGGCAGAAAUCGAUGUACCAGCCACUGAUGAAGAAAUGGCAUACUCCUCAGCUCAUGACAAGAUAAUUCAAUAG